UGUUUACUUCCUCGUGCAACAGAAGGCUGGGAUUUAAUUGGUUCGGUUUACAUUGCGACUCGCAUGUCUCGUUAUACUUAAAUUGGUAAUCAUCUCGUUAUCGUUUAUUCUCAUGAUUUACCUCCUCAAAAGUGACACGCGGCAGUAUUUUCCCCCACAUGCUGCACACAAAUCUGUAAACAGAAAAUGAACUUUUCAGAAGCUAAAAAUGAAAUCCAACGUCUACUCUCUAGAGUUCAACGUCAAGACCUUCCCAGGUUGAUAGACUGGAUGAAAAACACAGAUGAACUGGAUGAUGCCCUGACUGAUAACCAGAAGGUCAUACUUCAGAGCAUCUCAGAGGACCUUAGAACCUGUCUGCCAAUGGAGGCAACAUUGUCCUCAGAGUCUUUGGCCGUAGAGAAGACUCAACACUGUGCCCACCCUACGGUCCAUGUGGAUGCCUUCUUAUAUGAUGAGGAGACAGUGGACACGCUUUGUGAGGAGGGCAAGAUGAGCAGGAACUACUGUCUCAGCUGUGGCUCUCAUGGGACUGCUCCCCUGGAUUUCAUCUCUCACUCUUUCUCCAUCCUGGAGCUCCAGUUCCUGUUCCAGCACGCCUUGCCCGACCUGGCAGGAAGACUUGUGGUGGAUGUUGGCUCCAGACUGGGUGCUGUUCUCUAUGGGGGGUAUCUGUACAGCUCAGCAGCUCAGCUGGUUGGGGUGGAGAUAAGUGCUGAGUUUGUCAGGCUUCAGAACAUGGCUGUGGAAAAGUAUGGCUUCAGUGAUCGAAUACAGGUCAUCCAUGCAGACAUCUGCAGUCAGGAUUCCCUCAUUCAGAAUGCAGAUGUUCUCAUCAUGAACAAUGUCUUUGAGUACUUCCUAGAGCCUAGCAAUCAACUGAAAGCGUGGAACUUUAUCGUCCACAAUUUUCGCAAGAAGGGUGCGUUACUGGUAACUGUUCCUAGCAUCCUGGAGUCACUUUCAUCUUUACAGGGAAGUGUGGACCACAGCCAAUGGGUGGAGGAGGUCCCCCUGGACUACAGCGUGUACCUGGGAAAGGACAGUGACCAGGAUGCCUAUAGAGACAUCCAUCUCUACAGGGUGCUAGGAUCAUAGACAUAAAGCUCUGACACUGGAUCUGUCAAUUGAACAGUUAAAUCAAUGAUAAAUGAUGAUGACUUGUCAGUUUUUUAUACAAAUUACCAUGGUGGUUCAGAGGCUUUACUAUGUACACUUUAAGAUUGAUAUUUCUGAGGCUGUUUUCAGCCUGUGUGGUGAUGACCAAUAUGUCACUAUAGUCCCAAGCCAAGACGAACGAAUAGGCUUUCUGUACCAGAACAGAUGGACCCCAAUGUGCCUGUUUGCGUUGUCAUGGUGCUAUGAUUAACUGACAUAAAGCCCAUGAUAUCACAUGGAUGAUGCCUGGACUGUAAUGUAGCAAAGUAACACAUCUGAAAUGUGGGCAGGCCAUCGUCUAGAUUCCAAAGAUCUGGCAACGCAUGUCAUGUUUUUUGUUUUGUUUUUUACAAAACUUGUGUAAAUGUAAAUGCAAUUUUUUGCAAAUGUCAACACUUAAUAUGCUCAAAAUGUCAACA